UGCAAACGGUUCAUUUGAAAUACAAAACGAGCGCACCACAGCUGACUACACCUUGGGCGUCUGUUGGUAAACAAACAAGUGAACUGUCAAAUCGACUUCCGAUCGCAACGAGCGAGUGUGCAGUUGCGUGAGCGAUCACGAAUCUUUUAUUUGUGAUAAAGCUGCUUUCUUCGCAUAGGAACAGCAAACAAUUGUGAAUUUGGAAUGUGUGAACACCUCAUUUGGUGAAACGGAGCACGUUGACGAUAAAACCGUACGUUACACGCUUGUGUGUGUGUGCGCGAAAAGGACAAAAUGCCUCACGCUGAUUCAACAUCGCCGCGCACAGGGGGACGGGUAGAGGAGUGCGGUGGAGAACAUUCGGACGAAAAGGAUGAAGAAACUCCCUCGCCAUCCGGAUGGAAAAACGUUUCUGAAGACAGCAUCGAUGGCAGAAAGAAUGUAAGCAGCGCCUCGAAUAUAAACAACAGCAGCAGCAGUAGCAGCAUCUAUCACAAUGAAGAAUCUUUUGUCGACAAAAUUCGAUCCAACUUUUCGUGCAUGUUUUCAAAGCUGUUGCCGUUCCGUCUUUCAAAGGACGUCAUUGAAUCGUCGCAUAAUCAGCAGGAAGUGCGAAGACUAUCCCGCAGCCUUGCAACGCAAACGCCAGAAGACCUGGGGCAGGUGGUUCAACAUUCACAGAAUGUGCCCGAGUCGAAUGAGUUGAACAAUAACAAAAGCCUCCCCUGUGAGAUGGCCGCAAAACGGCGCCGACUGUGUGAAAGUGAAGAAAAAGCGUGCAACGUUCCCGAGCCACCGAAGACUUUGGGCCGAUUCAACACGGUGCCGGCUGUUCAAAAUCGUCGCCUUACCGGUUUUCUUGGUAACGCACACUAUCACAAAUGCAUGCAACAGAAACGGCACCAUGGUAAUGUACACAAGCCGCUCUUCGGUAGUUCACAUCUUCAAUCUACCAGGGGGAGAAACGAUUCCUUAGCUUCCUCCCAACGUCCAUCCUUCAAACCGUCCGUUACCGCUGUGGCGAAAUCGCUGACCACUGGUUAUAUUCCGCCAGAGUACGGAGGGUCACCGUUUUACGAAGGGUUCACCCGGUACGGUGGUGCAUCUGCCGCACAAAUGCUGGCCAGGUACGAUCCGAAUUUAACGGCAGUCACCACGCUGAUAAGAAGAAAAAUCCCAACAGAAAACGGAGUGGCCUCCACUUCCCGUGGCUCGACAGUUCCGUACCCUUCGCAAAGAAUACUUGCGAUAGUGGAUAAAUAUGCUACGAACAGGUCGGACCGCACAGCCCAUUCAAAGGCGACACUGCGUAAAUCACCGUCCCCUCCAAUGGUCCAAUCAAUGUGCGUGCAAAAGACGGAACGUUCUCAAGAGACAGUGCAGCAGCCGCAACGAUCACUGCCGCCGAUUGUUCCCUUGAUGGAGUACACGCUCCCGGUACAGCUCGGACUCCAACCUCCGGUGCCGAUCAGUCCUAUAGAGCGCAAAAAACAAAGCACACCGACCGGUGGCAAGCAGACAACGAAAAGAACACGGAUACAUGCAAAACCGGUAAAGGAACCCGAGCUGUCCAAGGUACAGCCGGUCCAGCUCCCAAACGUACAGCUACCCCCGCUGAUCAAAGGGUUGCCACAGUUUGAUAACAUCGUACCAUUAAAAGGUCGCACACUUCCGGUGGCCGAUAACGUGCAUGAGUUAAAAGCAAACGAAAGUGACAAAGAGACUAUCGUUCGAAAACAUGAUCGGAAAAAGACGCCAGGGAAAACAGAAAGUAGUACAGCCAGUACACUUCUGCGUGAAAUCAAUACGUUUGUAUUUGCACGACCACAGGUACUCGGAAGCUGGUCACCUCAGCUGCAGGAUGAUUCAUUUUCCGCUGCGACAAUGAAGUUUAAAUUUGCCGAACCAGAGCCGUUGCAUGAUGACCAACCGCCGGUACGAUCCUUCAAGGACCUGAUGGCUGAUUCCGUCAACAGAUGGGCAUGUGAGGUUUGUAUGGUACGAAACGAACCACACAAGAAAACCUGCGUCGCUUGUAACAGCUCUAUGCCGAUAUCUAAGGAAUCGAAACCGAAGGAGUCAAAAUCAUCGAAGGAGUCGAGAUCAUUGAAGGAGUCGAAACCGAGAGAAUCUAAAUCGAAGGAGUCGAAACCAAGAGAAUCUAAAUCGAAGGAGUCGAAAUCAAAAGAGUUGAAGUCUAAGGAGUCGAAAUCAAUAGAGUUGAAAUUGAAGAAGUCGGAAUCAAAAGAGUUGAAAUCGAAGGAAUCGAAACCGAAGGAAUCGAAACCGAAGGAAUCGAAAUCGAAGGAAUUGAAACCAAAGGAGUCGAAACCUAAAGAGUCAAAACCGAAGGAGUCGCAACCCAAAGAAUCAAAACCGAAAGAGUCAAAACCGAAGGAACCGAAACCGGAGGAACCGAAACCGGAGGAGUCAAAACCGAAGGAACCGAAACCGGAGGAACCGAAACCGGAGGAGCCGAAACCGGAGGAGGCGAAACAGCACCGCUGCUCGCGGAAUAAAGCGAACACCAGCAAAACUACGUCCAGCGUUACCACAAAUGACAGUGAACCGUCUAAGCGGUGGAAAUGCACGGCCUGCAAAGUGCGUAACGAACCGACCGUAUCGAUCUGUGUUUCCUGUGCCAAAAAGAAGUCAUCCAGCAGUAGCAGGACAGACGAUCGAAAAGAUCGUAGUCACAAGAAAGAAAGCAAACCACCAACUACAGAAAAAACCAAGCCGUAAAUGAGCGAUCAGGGGUGAAGUAUUGCAUUGCAUGGUUGCUGAAUUAUGUUGAAAACGUUUCAGCAGGACCUAAUUCUGAUAUAUGAUAUCUCAAUGUGAAAUACCAAGAUUUAGGACUCGAAAUUCAUUAAGUUUGCCAAGCUGACCGAUAGACCGAUCAGGAUAAUUUUUAUAUUUUAUGAGAGUUUAAAGCAACUAAUUUUGUUACUUGAAAUGUAUCCUUCGCCGAAGUACAAAAGACUUUGGGAUAAGAUAACCAAGCGUUUUCUUUUGAUAUGAACUUUUUCUUACAAUCGAUUUACAAUGAAAUGUAUUCAGGGACAUGAAUUUAAUGGAGGAUUUACUACAUCAACAACUCUUUAACAUACAAAAUUACGAACUACAUAGAACUACACGAAGCAUUAGGAGAAGGUAACCACGCAAUUUAUGUUGAUAUGAAAUAACUAUUUCUUGCAAUCGAUCUUGCAAAUUAAGGAAAUAACGCAAAUGAAUUGAAUGAAAGAUUUACUAUAUUUUCAACUCAAAAUGUAUGAAUUACAUGUACAACUUUCUGGGACUUUGAGUACACUAAUAAAACGUUCAGAACCUU